AUGAAUGUGAUAUUUAUAUUUCUAAAAGGUGAAGAGGUUGAAUGUAAGAUAAAUUAUAAGCAUGAUGGUGAAACUGGUAACAUAAAACAACAUCUUCAAAUAAAACGUGUAAUUUCAUCAGCAGAUGAUCUUCAAUUGAAUUUUAAUGAAAAAAUUCAAACACAUAUCAAUAAAAUGAUUAGAAAAGUAAUUCCACAUCAUGUACCUAAACAAGCAGAAUUAAAACAAGUUACAGCUAAAUGGUUAGUUACAGAUUCCUUACCAUUUAAUGUUAUUCAUAGAAAAGGAUAUAAAAAAAUAAUACAAAAAUUUGAUCCUAUAUUUAUUUUGCUAAAUAAUAAAAUGGAAUUCAGUAUACCACUCUUUAAAUUUGAAUUUGCCAAUAGUGGUACAUUAACACCAGAAGAAUUAAAAAAAAUUAUUAAUGAAAAUGAAAUUAAUAUUAAUGAAGAUAAUGAAAGUUUUAAUAAUAAAAGUUUUGAAGAUAAUAUGGAAAUUCAAACAUCUACUACGCAUAAAUAUCGACUUUGA